ACACACACACAUUCAUUGUUCACCUCAUAUCAACAUCACACGUUCCAGCUCGCCAUUCGCUAACGGCCAGUCACAACACACACGUCGCGCGCAGCCCGUGAAUCCCGAGUUACUUCCCGUUCACUGCUGACCUAGGACGUCUGACGUUCCUCAGUGAACAGCUCGUGUCGUGUGAAGUAGAAUUUAGAAAUCAUGGCCAAUGCAAAAAUUCGACUUCUUUACUUCGACGGAAAGGCAAGGGCAGAAGUGGCUCGACUACUUUUGGCGGCUGCUGGUAAAGAAUACGAGGACGUCCGUUUUUCCAUGGAAGAUUGGCCAAAAUUCAAACCGUCAACUCCCUACGGCCAGGCACCUGCCUUAGAAGUCGACGGCGUCAUGUUUGCUCAGAGUAUUGCCAUCUGGUCGUUCUUAGCUCGCGAGUUCAACUUCUACGGGAAGAACAAUUUGGAAAAUUUCAAAAUUGAUGAACUUGUUCAGUUGUACAACGACUACUUCACAAAGGCUGCUGAUUACAUGUUUCACACUGACGAUGAAACCAAAAAGAACGAAGGCAUCAAGAAAUUCAAAGAGGAAGAUGCUCCAAGAUACUUGGGGUUCCUCGAGGAGAAUCUGAAAAAGAACGGGACAGGAUACUUUGUGGGAGACAGCAUCACUUUAGCUGAUAUCAUAGCCUUAGACCUGAACACAGGAACUUUGAGCUCAGUCGUGGAAAUCACAGAUGACUACCCUUUGCUGAAGAAGAAUCUGGAACUCGUGAAAGGGCAGGACAAGAUAGCAGCCUACCUGGCCAGCCGAAAAGAUACCCCCUGGUAGGAACCAGGUCCUCUGUGAAACGCCAGCUUGCAUUUUGCUUUACAAGUAUUUCAACAGUUCAGUUUAUGUUAACUCUUAUACAAGCUAUAACUGUAACUCGUUAUUCGCGCUAACAGCAUUAAAAUUAAUCUAUCUUGAUGAUGUAUGAAGGGAGUUAUCUGCUCCUAGACAUCAUUCAAUUUACAUUUAUGUCCAUUAUUUAAAUUUACAACAGGCUUGACAAUGCUCAUGUUACUGCUCUUUAUUUUAUUGGAUUAAAUACAUCAUACUUGUUA